AUGCCUCUCGAACUCGCCGAAGAAUGGCAGGCUUUCGAAGCCAUGCUUGGGACGCGGCCCAAGAUCGCCGGCAAAGAUAUACCGGACAUCAGGGCGAACAUUGAGAAAACGCGAGCGGGAGUACCGCCGCCCGGUCCUAGCGAGAAUGACGAGCAGCUCGAGCAAUUCCCCGUUCGAAUCUACACGCCCAAAGAGGCCGGGAAGGUCACGCAUCUCGCUGUAUUUUUCUUGAGUGUCUUGCCGCUCAUUGAUGAUCAAGGCUUACCGUUCUGUGCAGACGGUGGCGGGUUCUGCGUGGGCGACUUGGACGGCGAGGAUGCCUUCGUGCGCUUCAUCGCGGACCAAGCGUCCUUGACUGUUGUGUCGGUUGGAUAUCGCCUGGCGCCUGAGUAUCCGUGGCCAGCGUCUCGCGACGACUGCAUUGCCGCGACGAGAUGGGCUCUCGACAAAUUUGCAACGUCCGAAAGUAUCGACACGUCCAAAUUCGUGCUCUGUGGAACCUCCGCCGGUGGCCAACUGGCCCUUAGCACUGCCGCCGCGUUGAUCCAAUCUGGACUACGGCCGCACGGCAUCGUUGCUCUGGCGCCCUUGACGGUUGGGGAGAGCGCAGUGCCACCCGAGCUGAAACCACGGUACCAGUCAAUGACGGAGAACGCAGAUGGCCCCGUGGUAGACAAGACUCUGAUCGACCAAUUCAUGCGAGCAAAUGGCCAUGAUGACGCAGACCCGUCGUUCUCGGUGCUCCUGUCUCCCGUUCUCUCGGAAUUUCCAAAGACUUAUAUCGUGACCUGUGGAGCGGACACGUUACGCGACGACGGCAGACUUCUGCAAUCGGAGCUGGCGAAACAUGGUGUUCCCGUUCAACACGAUGACUAUCCCGGCUAUCCCCAUGUGUUCUGGGCAAUGCCAGGCUUGAAAGAAACGGCGAAAUUCCAAGCAAACCUUGUGACUGGCUUCAAGUUCGUCUUGUCCUGA